CCAGAGCUUUCCCACUUCUCUCGAUUUGUUUCGGUUUGAUUUUCUCUCUGGGUGUAGUAUCUGUUGAUUUUAUUUUUAUUUUUCUUUUUCCUUUCUCAACUCAAGUUUAUUAAACAACCAAAAGUAAUCACAAAAUGGCUCCAAAGGCAGACAAAGUCGCAUCCAAAGCUCCAGCUGAGAAGAAGCCAGCUGGUAAGAAAACCGCUGCAGCAACCGAAACUAAGAAGAGAUCUAAGACCAGAAAGGAAACUUAUUCUUCCUACAUCUAUAAGGUUUUGAAGCAAACCCAUCCAGAUACCGGUAUCUCCCAAAAGGCAAUGUCUAUCAUGAACUCUUUCGUGAAUGACAUUUUCGAAAGAAUUGCGUCAGAAGCUUCCAAAUUAGCUGCAUACAACAAGAAGUCUACCAUUUCCGCUAGAGAAAUUCAAACUGCCGUUAGAUUGAUCUUGCCAGGUGAAUUGUCCAAGCAUGCUGUUUCUGAAGGUACCAGAGCUGUCACUAAGUACACUUCUGCUGCUACUGCUUAAAUUUAGCCGGUUUGUCUUCGUCAAAAAAAUCUGUUUCUAUUUUAUUUAGGGUG